AUGGCUUCUCGUAAACUCCUGUCCCUGUCUUCUCUUCUAAAAACGCAUGUACGAUCAUCUACCACCUUAAAAUUCCCAAAUCGACAAUCUAGUCAUAUUAAUAAUGCAUCCCAAACCGGUUUUCUCUUUAACCGGGUGGCAGGUUACGCCGCGGCCGCCUCAGCUGCACGUUCCCUGUCGACAAAGGAGACGGGGAAGAUUACUGAUGAGGCGACUGCGGCGGGUUCGAUCGGACGCGUUUGUCAGGUUAUCGGAGCGGUUGUGGAUGUGAGAUUCGAGCAAGGUGGAUUACCUCCAAUCAUGUCGGCCCUGGAGGUUCAAGACAAUUCUGUUAGAGUUGUGCUUGAGGUGGCGGCGCAUUUGGGUGAGAACACGGUUAGAACAAUCGCCAUGGAAGCUACUGAAGGCAUGGUUAGAGGCCAGAAAGUUCUCAACACUGGUGCACCCAUUACGGUGCCUGUAGGCAGGGGAACCCUUGGCCGAAUUAUGAAUGUUAUUGGAGAGGCUGUUGAUGGAAGUGGUGAAAUAAAAACGGAUCAUUAUCUACCAAUCCAUCGAGAACCACCUCUUUUCGUGGAUCAAUCAACAGAACAAGAGGUUCUUGUAACUGGAAUCAAGGUGGUGGAUCUACUUGCGCCUUAUCAAAAAGGAGGUAAAAUUGGUCUGUUUGGAGGUGCGGGUGUGGGGAAAACGGUGCUCAUUAUGGAACUGAUCAACAACGUAGCCAAAGCUCAUGGAGGUUUCUCUGUUUUCGCGGGUGUUGGCGAAAGGACUCGAGAGGGGAAUGAUUUGUAUAGAGAAAUGAUCGAAAGUGGAGUCAUUAAGCUUGGAGAUAAGCUGAGUGAAAGCAAAUGCGCACUUGUGUAUGGUCAAAUGAACGAGCCACCGGGUGCUCGUGCACGAGUGGCUCUAACCGGUCUCACGGUGGCAGAGCAUUUCAGAGACAACGAAGGACAGGACGUGCUUCUCUUUGUAGACAACAUCUUUCGUUUCACCCAAGCGAAUUCAGAGGUGUCUGCUCUGUUAGGACGAAUCCCAUCGGCUGUGGGUUACCAACCAACUCUAGCCUCAGAUCUCGGCGGUCUUCAAGAGAGAAUCACAACAACCAAGAAAGGAUCCAUCACUUCUGUCCAGGCGGUUUACGUACCAGCUGAUGACUUAUCCGAUCCAGCUCCAGCCACCACCUUUGCUCACUUGGACGCCACUACCGUCCUAAGUCGACAGAUUGCGGAGUUGGGGAUAUAUCCAGCGGUUGAUCCAUUGGAUUCAACGUCACGAAUGCUUUCACCCCAUAUAUUGGGAGAUGAACAUUAUGGUACAGCUUUAGGAGUGAAGAAGGUUUUGCAAGAUUACAAGAGUCUUCAAGAUAUUAUUGCUAUUUUGGGAAUGGAUGAGCUGAGUGAAGACGACAAACUGACGGUGGCUCGUGCUAGAAAGAUUCAGAGGUUCUUGAGCCAACCGUUUCAAGUUGCGGAGAUCUUUACCGGUGCGCCGGGGAAAUACGUGGAGCUUAAGGAAACAACGGCGAGUUUUAAGGAUGUUUUGGGUGGAAAAUACGAUGAUCUGCCGGAACAAGCGUUUUAUAUGGUUGGAGGAAUAGAAGAAGUCAUUGCCAAAGGUGAGAAGCUUGCUAAAGUAACUACUGCCACUUGA